AUGUACUGGACUGAACAGCACAAUAUUAUACUGUGCAGAGAAAUAGUGUUUCAAAAUCCCUAUGUAUACAAAAAGGGGACUCCCCAGCGCAGUGAAACUUGGAAGAAAAUUGUAGAUGUUCUAAACAAAUGUGAUUCCCCACAAUUUAAUGUUGACCACAGAGCCAUCCGGGACCACAUUAAUGUCUUGGUAAACAAGUACAAGAAAAAAAUCAGAGCUGAAGAAAGAGCAUCAGGAAUAUCCCCAGAUGAGCCAAGUGAAUUAGAUGACCUAAUACAGCAAAUUAUUGCACUUGAAGAGAGUUCUCCCACAGAUACAUGUAGUAAGGAUAAAGCUGACAAAGGUAAAGCAGAAGAUGCAAGAAUGAAAGCAAUGGAAAGGCUUUCCCAAAGCAAAAAAAGGGCUUCAGAGGGAGCCAAAGAGGGUGAGGACAAACCAAAACGAACAAGAAGAAAAACUGGAGAUGCCAUGGAGUUUCUAAAGGAAAGAGCACAGAAGUCUGCAGAAAUUAGAGAAAAGGAACUUGAGCUGGAAAAGGGAAGACAGGAACAACAACUUCAAGUGCAACAACAACAGUUCCAGCAGCAACAACUGCAAAAUCAACAGCAACAGCAACAAUUCCAGCAGCAACAAAUGCUCAUAAUGCAGCGGGUCAUGGGCGUCAUGAGUAAAAUGCUAAACAAGUAG